GCCAGGUCUUACGGGCUCCCCGCCCGGCUCGCGUGACCUGAACGCUCUGGCCGCCUUUCCGGAGCCCGGUGGUUAGUAUAUAAGGCGCGGAGGCCGCGGUCAGGGUUCAGUUCUGGGCGUUAGCAUCGUCCGCGUGCACCGCCCAGCCCGGUACCUCAGAUUUGGCAUUCUGCACUGAAGUCAUCAUGAGCUUUUUCCAACUCCUGAGGAAAAAGAAGGAACUUAUUCCUUUGGUGUUUUUCAUGACCGCGGCAGCGAGUGGAGCUUCGGCUUUUGCUAUAUAUUCCCUUGGAAAAACCGAUGUGAUCAUUGAUCGAAAAAGAAAUCCAGAGCCUUGGGAAACUGUGGAUCCUAAUGUACCUAGAAAGCUUAUAACAAUCAACCAAGAAUGGAAGCCCAUUGAAGAGUUGCAGAAUGUCCGAAGGGCAACCAGAUGACCAGUCCUCGCCUUUUUCUUCAAAGAGCACUCUAUGAAUCUAGUGGAAACACUUCUGCACAAACUAGAUUCUGGAUACCAGUGUGCGGAAAUGCUUCUGCUACAUUUUUAGGGCUUGCCCACGUUUUUUGAACUCUGGAUGAGGAAUUAUAAAGGUAGUGCCAUAAUAACCACAUAGUCCCCAAAUAAGUUUCUGUGUUUAUUUUCAUGUUGUAAAUUUGAGUUCUGUGUAUUGAAAUUUUUGUGUUUAUGAUACCUGAAUGUUUUUCUUAAAAUGUAUAAAGAUUUGGAAAUUCGAUCAUCUACAAUAAAAUACUAUUUGUGCAGGAUUUCUUGAA